UGGUAGGACCUCACUUCACUCAAACACUGGAACCCAAAGCUCACUGACAGGCAGGCAGGCAGACAGACAGACAGAGGACAGAGGAAAGAAGAGCGAAACAGCAAGAGAAAAGCAGAGAGCCAGAAGAGAAGUGAAAUAGAGAGCAACAAAAACUGAAGCAAAUUAGGAGGAAGAAGAAAGAGAAAGAGAGAGAGAGCAAGAGGUGCUGUGUGCAGCCGUGCUGAAACUUCAUUGACCUCCCUGCCCCGAAACUACCACCCCCACCCCUCCUUCACACCAGCGUAUCCAUCUGUCAGUCUCUCAGUCCCACUCUCAGUUAGGUGCAGAACGUAGGUGGUCAGUCUGUCAAAUCUGUCUGUCCAUAAUUCUGCCAGUCGGUCCCUGCAUAGAUUAAAGAGGGGCUGUCAGUCAUUGAAAGAGCCUGUCUGUCAUUGAAAACAAACAGUAACCCAGUUUGCCUGUCAGCAAGUUAGUAAGCAAUUUGAGAAGUUACGUUGGUUAAUCAGACAGCUACUCCAAGACUACCAGUGCCUACUGAGUUAUUACAGCAACAUGGCUCCUAAGAAGAAGGCAGCCCGCCAGAAGAAAGUGGAGCUGGAGACCACGGUGAUGGAGGGCGGGGUGGUGAUUGUGGAGGGUGUGAAGAAAAUCGGGGAGGCUCUGAACAUCGAGCAGCUGAACCGCAUGAACGGGCUCCCCCUGUCGCUGCCCAUCCCGGCGCCGGGGGUGAAGGGGCUGGGCCUGGGCAGCGAGCUGACCCGCCCGCUCCACGGCUCCGCCCUGCUGGAGGAACUGAGCCGCAUGCGUCAGGAGCGCUUCCUCACCGACCUGGAGCUGGCCAGCAAGACCAAGGCCUUCGACGUGCACAAGCUGGUCAUCUCCUCCGUCAGCCACUACUUCCGUGAGCUGCUGGCCAAGGACCCCGGGGUGAAGCGUGUGGAGCUGCCCUCCCUCUCGCCCCUCGGCCUGGCCAAUGUGAUCACCUUUGCGUACUUGGGGCGGGUCCACAUGUCCCUCUACACCAUUGGCUGCACUGUGUCAGCGGCCAGCGUGCUGCAGAUCCCCCAGCUGCUGCAGAUGUGCACGGACUUCAUGCUGGCCGAGCUGAACGCGCAGACGUGCGUGUACGUGUGGAACAUGGCCGCCGCCUACGGCCUGGACGAGGUCCGCGACGCAGCCCGCCGCUUUGUCCUGGAGAACUUCACCCAGUUCGCCGAAACGCCCCAGUUCACCCAGCUCACCCUGGAGCAGAUCACCGCCUUCUUGGAGGACGAUGCCCUCGUCCUCCCCUCAGAGCUCACCGCCUUCCAGAUGGUCAUGAAGUGGCUGGAUUUUGACCCCAAUCGCCAGGAGCACGGCGCAGAGCUGCUGUCCCAUGUGCGCUUCGAGACCAUCCCCGCCAGCGAGCUGGUCAGCGAGGUGCAGCCCGUGGCCCGAAUGAUGCAGGAUCCGCAGUGUCACCGCCUGCUGGUCAAAGCCAUGAACUACCACCUGCUGCCACACCAGCAGAACACCCUGCAGUCCCGCCGCACCAGCGUCCGCGGGGGCCAGAGCGUGCUGCUGUCCGUGGGGGGCCGGCCCUCCCUCACCGAGCGCGCUCUCAGCAGGGAGGUGCUCUGGAGGGACCCCCGUGAAGGCGUGGCCACCUGGCGCCACCUCACCCAGCUCCCCGCCAAGAGCUUCAACCAGAGCGUGGCGGUGAUGGACGGCUUCCUGUAUGUGGCCGGGGGGGAGGACCAGAACGACGCACGCAACCAGGCCAAGCACGCAGUCAACACCCUCAGCAGAUAUGACCCGCGCUUCAACACCUGGAUCCACCUGAGUGGCAUGCGUCAGCGGCGCACGCACUUCAGCCUGGUGCCCAGCGGGGGGCGCCUGUACGCCAUCGGGGGGCGGAACGUGGAGGGCCUGCUGGCCACCAUCGAGAGCUACCUGCCGUCCUCCAACAGCUGGCAGCCCCGCGCCCCCAUGGAGCUCGCCCGCUGCUGCCACGCCAGCGCCGUGCUGCCCUCCGGAGACAUCCUGGUGACCGGAGGCUACAUCAACUGUGCCUACUCGCGCUCGGUGGUGAGCUACAGCCCCGAGACGGACAGCUGGAGCGAGUGCGCGGGGCUGGCCACGCCCCGAGGCUGGCACUGCGCGGCGGCCCUGGGCGGGAAGGUGUACGUGGCGGGAGGCAGCCAGCUGGGUGCGGGGGGCGAGCGCGUGGACGUGCUGGCCCUGGAGGUCUUCUCCCCGGAGAGCGGGGAGUGGGGCCAGGCCGCUCCGCUGCCCCUGGGGGUGAGCACGGCCGGCCUCUCCACCCUCGGGGACCACGUCUACCUGCUGGGAGGGUGGAACGAGGCGGAGAAGCGCUACAAGGCGGCCGUGCAGCGCUACGACCCCGGCACCGACAGCUGGUCCCCCGGCGAGGAGCUGCCCGAGCCCACGGUGGGCGUGUCCUGCUGCACCCUGACCCUGCCCCCGCGCCACGCAUCACGCAGGCAGCGCCACGCCCCCGGGCCAGGCUCCGCCCACGAGGACAGCACUCCACUGCAGCCCACCAGUGGCUGAGAGGGACAGAGAGAACAGGAGAGAAAGGGAGAGAUGGGAAAGAGAGAGGGGAGGGAAGAAAGAAUGAGAAAGAAAGGAGGGGAGUCGUUGGAUAGAUUUGGGAUGGUAAAGAGAAGGGAGGAAGGAGGGAGGGUUAGAAAUACAACUGAAAGAAAAAAAUGGCGACUGUGUCCUAGAGGUAGUGAAUGUCACACUGUAUCAUAAUUACUGAAUGUGUGUUUGAGAUAGUUUUUGUGUGAAUGAUAGAGGAGAAUCUGUGUAUUUCUAUUUAUCCUGUCCUUUGGUAUACAAAAUAAUACAUAGCCAUAACAAAUGUAUAGACAGUCUUCACACAAGAUCAUGUUAUCAGGAUUAUUUAUUUACGUCAUUUCUUGUACUGUAAUUUACAUAUUUAACUCAAGGAAAGCUUGAGAUAGUAGUGGGGAAAAACAGUGGGGGAAAAAAAGAAAAAAAGAUGUUUUUAUAUGUGCAAUGAAGCAUUAGUUUAGAACAAGAGGUAGAAGGAGGGAUGGAGGGAUAUGAACAGAUGUUAGAGAUGAGUGGAAAAGACACUGCUCACAGACAAUACUGACAGACACAGGUUAGAAACGCAUGAGCUCACCUUUAAUCCCCAAAGUAUUCUAACCCUCGUUCGUCUCAUAGCCAGCCCACCCCAACAGGAGAUUCUAUUAUACACAGCACAAUCCCACCACAACUAAAACCAAGAUGAUAGUAGAAUUACUUCACUCAGGCAACACUUGAAGAGAUUACAUUCACAAAGACUGUUUAGUACAUCAAUUUAUGGCUAUGUAGAUCAUUUUGAAAUGUAAACAAUGACUAACCAAGCCCGUUAUCUUGAACACAAUGUCAAAAAAAUCUGGACAUUCUUUCGCCUGAAUGGGUGACAUUCGGACAUAUUUAAUAGCAGAGUGGGCUGACCCUUGACCUCAGGGGUAGAGUACUCCAAAGACAGGGCUCAGCUGCUCACUCGUCUGUGGGCUCAGUCACCCCGGCCCAUCACCACCACCUUCCCUUCAACUACUCAAGACAAGAACCAGUGAAACUCCAGCAGAAGGCCCAGCUAAUGCAGAGCUGCGGUACCUGGGCACUUUAACUGGAUUAGCGUUUGGCCCAGGGGUGGCACGGUGGUGCAGUGAGUAGCGCCAACACCUCACAGGAAGGAGGGAGCGAAUCUGAAUUCCGACCACAGCCUUCCUGCAUGGAGCAUGCAUGUUCUCCCUGUGUCCGCGUGGGUUUCCUCCCACAGCCCAAAGACAUGCAGGUCAGGUUAAUUGAAGAACCUAAAUUGUCCCCAAGGUAUGAAUAUGUAAAUGAGUGGUGUAUGGGUCCCGUGAUGGAUUGGUGUCCUGUCCAGGGUUUAUUCCAGUCCCCCUGCAACCCUGAGCAGGAGUACGAGGUUUAGUAAAUGGACGGACUACCUGGCGAAUCUGGCUCCUUUUAAUUUAACGAUUGAGAAACAGUCCAGUCCACAGCAACAUCCUGAAUCAAAGCUGUGGGCAGGGAGAUGUGUUCCUGGGGUUUCACUGAAUAAAGCCACCUUGAUCAAACCAAA